AUGGAUCCAAGCAAUGUUCCUAGUCAGUCCGCUAGCUACGUAGGACUGCUUCACUCCCAACAAGGAAGCGUUUAUCAUGAAAACUUCCCUUAUGGAAGUUUUCAUUCUAGUGUCAACUUUGCAGAAUCCGAUACAUUUCCGGCUUUCAGUUCUCAGCAACCUGAAGAUGCACCAGUACACGCAGAAGCUGCCCGUCCUGUAAGACGCAAGUGGACCCCUGCAGAUGACGAGGUGCUGAUCAGUGGGUGGCUCAACACUUCGAAGGAUUCAAUUGUUGCAAACGAGCAGAGGUCGGGGGCCUUCUGGAUACGGGUUGCUAAGUAUUAUGCAGACAGUGUUCAUGGAAGAGAGGAUGGUGUGAGAGAGCACGGUUGUUGCAAGAAGAGGUGGCACAGAAUCAAUGAUGAUGUUAACAAGUUCUGUGGCGCAUACUCGGCAGCCCAGCGCCAAAUUAGCAGUGGUGAGUCUGACACAGACGUUCUGAAGAAAGCGCAUGAAAUUUUCUUCUCUGAUCAAGAGCACAAGUUUGCACUUGAACAUCUAUGUAGUUCCGGUUUCGUUAAAUGA